GAGGAGUCGAUGUCAGAGUCGCGGGAGAAUGAACAAAUAGGCUUGGAACCAAGUCAAUAGAGUGCCAACUGGCUACCAGGAGAGAAGCCCACAAGAUGAAACUAGUGAAGCGUGUGGGAGGAUACGAUGGAAAUCCAAGGAGAAGGACACGAUGGGGAAGGGGAGCCGUCGGGCUUAUAAGAAAGGGAUGGGAUUGCUAGGAGGCCGGGAAACGAAAUGGCGACCAUUCUUUUUUUUCUUUUCCCCUGCUCCUGCCCUCCCUGCACCCUUGACCCUGGUGUUGGUUUCGAGUCUUUCAGGUACGGUACCUGACAGCGAAGUACUUUUACCCCUGGGAUCCAAUACUCCGUUUCAAGUCUUGGCGGCAUGGGGGUUCCGUUUGAGGGAACUGAUUCCUAUUCUGUCAGUUUCUUUUCUGGCAGGGCAUGUUGAGAGCCCGGCGGAAGGGCUCGGCGGAGUGCCCAUGACAUGGAUAUGGCCGCUUGAAGCUUGGUAUGUGGUUCCUGUGUACUCGUACCUGCCUCUCCCGGCCUUUUAGGUUCAGCACCGUGACCACAGUACAUCUUCGCGACGACCGGAUGAUGUGAGCAGCACAUGCACUGCGGCUGGGAAAUAGUCCUCCUUACAAGCGGAGCCACUUCGCGAACAUAGGUACGCUGCAGUUCCUGAGACCGCCUGAUGCUCCGGCAUCCAUUCAUCUAGUUCGCGUGCUGGUCAGAAUAUCC